CUCUCCCGUCACCCCCUGCGCUCUCUUCUCCCCGUGUCUCUCUAUCAUGGCAGAUAUGGUGCGAGAUCCGGAGCAAGAAGAAAAUACUCAAAUGGAAUACCACGUUAAUGGGGAACUUGACGCUGAUGACAAGGACGAAGCAGACACACCCGAGGAUAUCAAUAAAAAGAAAAAGAAGAAGAAGAAGAAAAACAAGCCUGCUGGUCCUGUAGCCAAUGGAAAUGUGACGGAGACGACAACCAUCGUCGUCGAAGAGCCUAAACAGUUGGACAAACAAGCUUUAGAGGAUAAAGAUGACGAUGGCGAUGAAGAUGGGGAUGAUGGUAGUGAUGCAGCUGGAAAGAAGAAAAAGAAGAAGAAAAAGAAGCGGGGAACUAAGCUUCAGACUGAUCCACCCUCAAUUCCUAUUUGUGAGCUUUAUCCCAGUGGAGUUUUCACAAAGGGUCAAGAAUGUGAAUAUCCUGCAACACAAGAUGGACGAACAGCUGCUUGGAGAAUGACAAAUGAAGAAAAAAAAGCUUUGGAUAAGGCGAGUGAAGAGAUUUGGAAUGAUUUCAGACAAGCAGCAGAGGCUCAUAGACAAGUACGAAAGUAUGUUAUGAGCUGGCUUAAGCCUGGGCUAACAAUGAUUGAAAUCUGUGAAAAGCUUGAAGACUGUUCAAGAAAACUGAUCAAAGAAAAUGGUUUAAAUGCUGGCUUGGCAUUCCCUACAGGCUGCUCAUUAAACAACUGUGCCGCUCACUAUACACCUAAUGCAGGAGACACAACUGUGCUGCAGUAUGAUGAUGUCUGUAAAAUUGACUUUGGGACACACAUUAAUGGACGAAUCAUUGAUUGUGCAUUCACCGUCACAUUUAAUUCAAAGUAUGAUAAGCUCCUUGAAGCUGUGAAAGAUGCCACAAACACAGGAAUUAAGUGUGCUGGCAUUGAUGUCCGUCUUUGUGAUGUUGGUGAAGCAAUACAGGAAGUUAUGGAAUCAUAUGAAGUUGAUAUAGAUGGGAAAACUUACCAAGUUAAGCCAAUUCGUAAUUUGAAUGGUCAUUCAAUUGGACAGUACAGGAUACAUGCUGGUAAAACUGUUCCCAUUGUCAAAGGUGGAGAAGCAACAAGAAUGGAGGAGGGAGAGGUAUAUGCUAUUGAGACCUUUGGAAGCACAGGAAAGGGUGUAGUUCAUGAUGACAUGGAAUGCUCUCACUAUAUGAAAAAUUUUGAUGUUGGCCAUGUGCCCAUAAGACUCCCAAGAGCUAAGCACCUCCUUAAUGUCAUAAAUGAAAACUUUGGCACUUUGGCCUUUUGCCGCAGAUGGCUGGACCGCUUAGGAGAAAGCAAAUAUCUAAUGGCUUUGAAAAAUCUAUGUGAUUUGGGCAUUGUGGAUCCCUAUCCUCCACUCUGCGACAUUAAAGGUUCCUACACAGCACAGUUUGAGCACACUAUUCUGCUGCGCCCCACUUGCAAGGAGGUUGUGAGCCGGGGAGAUGAUUAUUAAGCACUUCUUUUUCAUCUUGGAAAGCUUUUUUUCUGAUUGCUUUGGCAGAAAGCAGCAUUCUCCUGUUCACGUAUAGCUCAUUAUCUCUGUAAGCAGUAGACUAUAAAAUAUCUGCCAAGGUUUUGGUGUGUGGAAAGUAAUUCAGAACAAGUAUAAUUUUACCACCCACUUUUUUUUUUUUUUUUUCUCUGUCAGUCAAAUGAAAAUAACACUCAUCUGUUCUGAGGAUUACUACCACUGCAAUAAACAUUUGUAUUGGGUCUGCAUAUUCUGCUUUAAAUGCAGCAUCAGCAUCAAUUAA